AUGCCUAGAUUUGCCCAGCUGGUGAUAGGGCCAGCUGGUUGUGGGAAAUCAACUUAUUGCAGUACAAUGCAAGCUCAUUGUGAAACAUUGAGGAGGAAAGUUGAUGUGGUCAAUUUGGACCCUGCAGCGGAGUUUUUUGAAUAUACUCCACUAGCGGAUAUACGAGACCUUAUUCAUUUAGAUGAUGUAAUGGAAGACGAGGCUAUACGUUUAGGUCCAAACGGUGGACUUAUUUUCUGCUUAGAAUAUCUUCAACAAAAUUUGAACUGGUUGGAUACUGCACUUGGCGAUAUAGAUGGAGACUAUUUAUUAUUUGAUUGUCCUGGUCAAAUUGAAUUAUACUCACACCUACCGAUUAUGCCACGAAUAAUUGAAUAUAUGCAAAGAAAAUGGGAUUUUCGUUUUGUUACAAUAUUUAUUUUGGAUGCUAGAUUUCUCGUAGAUUCAUCACAUUUUCUAGCUGGUGUAUUGUCUGCUCUCUCUGCUAUGGUAUCCUUAUCAACUGCUCAUAUAAACGUAAUGUCUAAACUUGAUUUGUUAUCUGAACAAAAACAAAAAUAUGUCAUGGCUCGUUAUCUAAAUCCUGAUAUGGAUUACUUUUUUGAUCUAGAUCAAGUAUUUGAUGAAGAAGACGGUGGGGAACAUCACGAAAAGGAAGCCCCAUUUAAUAAACUUACUCAUGCACUAGCUGAUUUGAUUGAGCGUUACAGUGUAGUUCAUUUUGUCCCAUUAAACAGGGAUAAAGAAGAUACUAUAACAGACUUAUUAGUUCAAAUUGAUCAAUGUUUACAGUAUGAUGAAGAAGUUGAUCCUUCAAAUCGAGCGUUUGACGAUGCUGAACAAGAGUUAGUUAGAUUUCAAGUAUUCCUAAUCCUGACUGGUUCCCUUUCAUUAUGGUUACUUGAAAUAUUAUGCAAAUCAGUCAACUCAGGUUCUCAUACACAUUUGUUUUUGGAAACUCUUACCCAUGGAUUAACUGGUUCAAUGUUUUGGCUAUGUUGUUUGAUUAGUAUAAAUGGUAAACUAGAUUUAUAUACCACAGGUUACCGAAAAAAUAUAAUUAUGACUCUUGAGUCAUGUUUUUGGGCAGCAUUCGGUGCAAUACUACCGGAUAUUGAUCAUUUUAUAGCUUCAGGAAGUACAAGCAUUGAACUUGCACGUCAACUUCCUGGUAGACCAUUUUUACAUUGGGCUGGUUUAUAUCUACUUAUUUAUACUCUUUUAAUUAUUGGUUUAUUUUUCAUAUCUUAUCCUAUAUGUUUAAAAUUCAAUAGAUUUUUCACUAUAUUUUGGUGUUUCAUAUUUAUUCCAUUUAUAAGUCAUAUUAUACGUGAUGCAAAUAAACGUGGUUUAUGGUUAUGGCCUCCACCAGAUUUUUAUACAUUAAUGAAUCUAUCAAAUUUUACAUAUAAUAUAUUAUAUCCUAGUAACCAGGGAAUGAUUCAUUUCAUCAGAACACUUUUGUUGUAUUUAGUUGUUUUAAUGUUUAUCAUUUUAGUAUUCCGUCAAUAUGCCUAUUCUUUUCAUUGGGAUAUAUCCAAUUUUGCACCAAUAACAUCUUAUCUUAUUGGUAAAAUCAUAAAUGAGAACAUAGUCAUUCUUUACUACUUGCACUCACUCUAUUGGUUGAAUUCAAGGAGUUUGCCAUAUUGCUUAACGAAUCAAGCAUUAUCUUGUUUAAUCAUUAGUAUUCGUUCAAAUAAUGGGAGCUCUCAAAGAUGGAUUGCACGUCAACGUUCAGAUCCUUACGUAAAACGUGCUCAUCUUGAAAGUUAUAGAUGUCGUAGCGCAUUCAAAUUAUUACAAUUAAAUGAUAAAAUUUCCGGUGGAAUUUUUAAACCUGGUGAUAUUGUUGUUGAUUGUGGUGCUGCACCAGGAUCAUGGUGUCAAGUAGCUUCAUCUUUAACCAAUUGUAAUAAUAAUUUCAAAGCUUCAAAUAAUCAAAAUAAAGGUUUAGUAAUUGGUCUUGAUUUGUUAAACUUCGCACCAUUACCUGGUGUUAUUACAUAUUGUGGUGUUGAUUUAAAUAAUUGGUCUGAAUGUAUAAAUUUAAUUAAUCAAUCAAUUUCCAAUCAUUUUAACAAUAAUGAUAAUGGCCGUAAACCGUUACAAUCCGAGAGACAGAAAUCACUGCCGGGUGUUGAUAUUGUCCUCAGUGACAUAGCUCCAAAUGUGUCAGGAAUGCGUGAAAUCGAUAUACCAGCUAUGAUGACAUUAGCGUAUAAUAUUUUACGAGUAGCAAUCAGUGUUUCAAAAGAAGGGGCCAGUUUCGUGAUUAAAUUAUUUGAAAGUGCGGAAGCUGAAGAAUUUAAACAAACAGUUUCACAGUUUUAUACAUUAAAUUCAAAGUGUUCUUCAUUUACACGUUUUAUGAAACCGGAAGCUAGUCGAAAAGAGUCAUCAGAAAUCUAUUUAGUUGCUAGAGGUUUUCAACUUCCUCAAUGUAAACAGAACAGUUAAAUCCUACUUUCCAUCGUAUAUACAUAUUUACCAUUUUAGCAUUGUACAUUUGAAAUACAGUAAAUAAUUGCUUUUAUCUCAUAGAGCUUUAUCAUUGUAUAGAUCUAAAAAGAAUGUAAAUACCAAUAUUUGUCGAAUGAAACAAAUCCUUUCUAUUCUAAAGCUUUGCAUUAACCGUAAACAGAUUAAAAUUCCAUUGAGUAAGACCGUUUAUAAUAAACUAACGUUCGGCAGCCUUUAGUUAUUGGUGUUCAACUGGAUACCAAAAAUGGAACCAAGAAUUUACAUAGGACACAAAUACGUGAUUCAGUAUAUUUAAAAUAGACACAUUCAUGUGUCAAAGAAAUUAAUGAUAUAAAGUAGAGAAGAUGAGAGUAUAAUUAUCAAUAAUUACGAAUGAUUUACCUCCAUCUCAAUUCUGACAGCUGAACCCAAAAAAUUAUACUUAUCUUUCGGCCUAAUUCUAAUUGGCUCAAUGUGGACACCACUGGCUAAGACUUGGUUUCAUUUUCUAAAAAAUGACACGAUAUCGAUUAGAGAUUUGGCUUUGUUUUUUUAUGGGAAAAUUAUAUAUAAUUGUGAAUGAAUGUAUAUAUCUUUUCGGUUCAAUUGUCGUCAAUAAAUCCUUCUUUACAUUCAGAU